AUGGCUACCAAGGAUGGCAGUGAAGUCCGUCUGUCUCCCAAUCUCUCAGAAGGUGAGAUAAAAGCCACUCAGAAGAGAAGAGAAAAAGUACUGAUGUGUCUGAAAAAACUUGGGAUUCAUUGUGACCAGAAUAAUGUGCCUAAUAUUGUUGUUCUGGGAUCAGGCGGAGGCCUGCGUGCCAUGAUAGCCUUGCUAGGAACCUUGGUGGAGCUGAAGAAUCAGAAUAUCUUGGAUGCUGUCAUGUAUCUGUGUGGGGUGUCGGGAUCCACUUGGUGCAUGUCCCUCCUGUAUGAAGAUGGGAAAUCGUCAGAAAAUUUGAUGUCCUUGGAAAAGGAACUGUGCAAAAACCUCAGUAAUUUCUCCUGGAAUCGUAUGAAAGCAUUUGAUGAGAAUGAGCUGGCUGACCACAAGGAGGCCUCAGAGACUGGAAUAAACCCUUACCCGAUUUAUGCGGCAGUGGAUAAGGAAAAACUGAAAGGGGGAAACUUUCCAGGGACUUGGUUUGAAUUCACUCCACAUGAGGCUGGAUAUGCUGCCUUGGGUGCUUUUGUGAGUACCAAACACUUUGGAAGUGAAUUUGAGAAGGGUAAGCUGAAGAAAAAGAAGAAGAAGAAACACAUUUGUUGCAUGCAAGCUAACGUUCAGCCCUCUUACCUGGUCAAAAACAAAAUCAUCUCUUUGAUUGACGCUGGCCUGGCAAUAAAUUCUGCCUAUCCUCUGGUCCUUUGAGCACAGCGGCAAACAGAUCUGAUCAUUUCCUUUGAUUUCAGCUCUGGAGAUCCUUUUGAGACUAUCAAGAAAACAGAUGCAUACUGCCGGGCAAACACUAUCCCAUUUCCCAAGAUAGAGGAUCAGGAAAUGGAUGAGAACAACCCUUCUGAUUGCUAUAUUUUCCGAGGAGACAAGUCAUGCCCUGCAGUCAUGCACUUUCCACUCUUCAACAAUGUGAAUUGUUCUGAUAAAAUACAAGACUACAGAAAAAGGUUUCCCACCUUUCACACGUUCUUCCCAGAGGGAGAGAUCAAAGAUCUCCUUGAGAAAGCAGGGUUGAAUGUAUCCAACAACCGUGAGAAGAUUCUGCAAGAGAUAACACAGAUUGUGUCUUCCUCUCACACAAAUUAG